AAAAAAUAUAAGUAGAAUUUGAAAAAAAAAAGAAAGACAACAACUCAUAUUAAAUCAUUAAAUAACACGUGGAAAAACAUAAAAAAGGUUCGUGGAGUAGAAGUCAAUCCAUCACUUAAGACGGUAGACGCCUAGACGGUUAUUGCUUCAGGUUGUUGACCCAAGUAAGGGAGAAAAUUAAAUUAAUUUCAACCUUCAUUAAAUUCUCCCACCAUCCUUCAAUUCCUUCUUUGUCUCUCUACUUUCUCCUCCUCGUGAUUAUUCUUACCAUCUCAAAUUUCAUCUCUCUCAUGGUUUUUGCGCUUAUCAUCACAAAUUUGAUCCUUAAUCUCGUCAUCUUCUAGGGUUCAAUUCAAUUCGAUCGACGCCAUUGCAGACUAAUUCAAGCUUAGCGAAGUUUUCUCGGCUUCGGCAACAACAAUUUCGACAUUACAUUGGCUUUGAUAAAUUAGGGUUUUGUUUCAAUGAUUGGGCGAUAAAGUGGAAGAGGAGACUAAAAUGGAGGUUAGAUCGGACGGUUUUCCGCAGGUGAGGUAUGAAAAGAUUCCCGUGCUGCCCAUGAUCGAAAGAACUAGGCUCAAUGGUUGUUUUGUCAAGGUUUGCUCCAGCAUUGUGUUGUGGACUGUGGUGGUUCAGCUCCUUGUCUAUGGAGUUCUAUGGCAUCCGCAUUUCCUCACUAAUUUCUCCCACAGGUUGUCAAACAUUUCUUCUAUAAAUGCCGGUUUAGUCUCGCCUCCACCUCCUCUUCCUCCUCCAAGAAAUUAUACAAGUAAUGGUUUUCUAAGAGUAACUUGCAAUGGAGGCUUGAAUCAAAUGCGUGCUGCGAUAUGUGACAUGGUUACUGUUGCUCGAUUCCUAAAUCUUACUUUAAUUGUCCCAGAGCUUGAUAAGACAUCCUUCUGGGCUGAUACAAGUAACUUUGAGGAUAUUUUUGAUUUGAAACAUUUCAUUGAUUCCCUAAGGGAUGAGGUCCGAAUCAUUAGGAGGCUACCGAAGAGGUACAGAAAGAAGUUUGGAUUUAAUCCACUGGUUAUGCAGCCUAUUAGCUGGUCCAGUGAAAAGUACUAUUUUCAACAGAUUCUGCCACUUUUUGAAAAGCAUAAAGUUGUACACUUUAAUAAAACAGAUGCACGUUUAGCAAACAAUGGACUUCCUCUUGAAUUUCAGAGACUCAGGUGCCGUGUUAAUUUUCAAGCUCUGAAAUUCACACCUAAGAUUGAGGCUCUAGGACAGAGAUUGAUCCAUUUACUGCAAGAGAAGGGACCUUUCAUUGCUUUGCAUCUGCGAUAUGAGAUGGACAUGCUGGCUUUCUCAGGAUGUAAUCAUGGCUGCAGUGAGGAGGAAGCUGAGGAGCUAAAAAAGAUGAGGUAUGCAUACCCAUGGUGGAGAGAUAAAGAGAUAAAUUCUGAGGAAAAGAGGUCUCAAGGUUUAUGUCCUCUUACACCAGUGGAGACGGCUUUAAUUCUACAGGCGCUGGAUUUUGAUAACAACACCCAGAUAUAUAUUGCAUCUGGAGAAAUUUAUGGUAGUGAAAGAAGACUUUCAGCUGUACGGGCUGCAUUUCCUAAUACGAUUAAGAAGGAUAUGCUCCUUGAUCCAGAUGAUUUGCGGCAGUUCCGUAAUCAUUCUUCUCAAAUGGCAGCAUUAGAUUUUUUAGUUUCUGUUGCCAGUAAUAUAUUUGUUCCAACUUAUGAUGGAAACAUGGCAAGGCUAGUUGAAGGUCAUCGCAGGUAUCAUGGUUUCAAGAAGACCAUUUUAUUGAAUCGAAAGAGACUUGUUGAGUUGGUUGAUUUACUUCAAAAUGGGACACUUUCAUGGGAUAAUUUUGCAGCUACUGUCAAGGAGGUACAUGCUAACAGAUCAGGUCAACACGUACUCAGGAAUGUUAUUCCUGAUAAACCGAAAGAGGAGGAUUAUUUUUAUGCUAAUCCUCAUGAGUGCUUGUGUCAAGAUCUUGAUUGCAAUGACUUACUUACAUCCAGUAACAACAGUGUUUCACAUUGAAGGUUUUUCGAUAAUCCUUUCUAAAGUAUAAGCUUGAGCCAGUUCGUGAAGUGCAUCAUUCCCAUUAGGCCAUUACUGUGAAAAUGUCCUGUGAAUUGACAAGGGAAGUGCGAGCCGAUAAAUAUGGAUUCUCAUUCAAGCUAGCCAUGGCUCGCUGUCGAAGAGGAUUCAGGUCCUUACCGAGAAAAAUAGGAGGUAGUCCUAGUAAGAUACAUUAGCUUGAUGGUGUUGCUGAUUACGAGCUUGUCCACAAAGAGUGUCAAGUAGGUAAAACUGAUCGAGUUCAUUCUGCAAAAGCAGUUUGAUCUCUUCCGUAGCCUUUUACCUUACCUCCUUUGCUUUUAGCAAAUCAGUAAAUUUUUAUACACCCUUUCCCCUUUCUUUUUUCCCUAAUUUGUAAAGUGUAAUUCAUUUCUCACCUCAAUCAAACUCCAUAGUUGUGAAAUGUAAGUGUACUUAAAAUAAUCUUCAUUGUCGAUGUAAUGGAAAGAUAGAUAUGUGAUAACUGUUCAUGAA